AUGCAAGCGCUACAACUCAUCUCAGUUUCUCAAAUCCUUCCUGCAUCGUUGCCGCUGCGUUUUGCGCUCAGGGCCACCCUCCUACAAGUCCACGGGCUCUGGUGGUUCCGCUCCGUCUUUCCUCACUCUCACCCUCCUGUAGUUCAAAAAUACCACUAG